AUGGAUCCGGGAUUCGCAUCCGGUAGCGGAUCCAAGCCAUACUCGUCGGGUGGAGUAGGCAGCAGAUUCGUCAGUUCCGAUGCGUUGGAGGAGGCUCAAAAGAGUGAGUGUCGCCAGACAAAGCAAACAUCGCUCACACAUAGCACCUAGAUCAAUGCUGUCGGUUGUCCAUAGCGACCAGUGGCUGACACCAAACUACCCGUACCUGUCUCGGGCUCGAGUGCAGAGAAGGAGGAAGAGAGAAGAGCUGCGUACGCUAGAACUGGACAAGCACCACCGCCGACCGAGGACGAUCAGCCGUACGAUCCUCGUACAUUAUACGAAGUGAGUGCUCCAGUACCCGGGCUGCGCCCCCAAUCCGCGUCUUACUCUGCCAGAUUCAACGCUCUCCCGCGCUCAGCGUCUUCAAGCGCAAAAAGCAGCCAAACAAGAAGCAUUCGAUGAGAAGUACAAGCUGUCGAAUCAAUUCAGAGGAAUAGAUGACGAGGAAAGCGUCUUUCUGUCCGAUGUCCAGGACGAGAGACGAAGGGAAGAGGCGGAGAAGAAAAGGAAGGAGCUCGAAGAGCUCAAAGAGUUCAGAUUGUGAGUGUUGGUGUUUGGCGCUCAUCUGUCAAAUUCAGCACAGCCCGAGGGCAACUUUGCCAAGGGGAUCCGCUGGUCUUUGCCUGACAUCACAUGUCUCGUGACGCUUCAUGCCACUCGUGAUGUUGAACGAACGCAGAGCUGCUAUGCGCAAGAGUCCCACGCCGCCUCCUCUAGUCUCUACCACAAGCACUACCAGCACUCCAAACGCUGGUCCAUCCACGGCGCCUUCUAUCGCAGCUUCAGCCACCCUGAUGCCUCCUCUCGCACCAUCGAGCAGCACCAGCGGCAAGAAAUCAGCUUCGAAGAGAAAGAGGGAAGGUUUCGCCGGUGUGGUGAGGAAGAAGCCUGCUGCUGCUGCUAUCGUCGGCCUUCCCACCGCCGCCACCACCAAGCAGACCAGCGAGAAGGACAAGGAAAAUCCUCAAGACGCGGCAACAAAGAGCCAUGAGCAGGCGGAUAGCAAUUCGUCCGCGGAAAGUACUGUCCCAAAGUCAGCCGCGGAGAAGGCGACGGGCGAUCCAAUCGCGCCAACCUCGAAACGGUGA